AUGGAGCUGGGUUGUGGAGGCGGGUUUGGCCCGGAGGCGGCGCCGGUGGGUGAUUCGACCGGCUGCCCAGGGGACGACUUGUUUGUCGACGAGCUUCUCGAUUUUUCAAAUGGGUUUUCCGAAACAGAGGAGCCUCCGCCGCCGCCGGGGAAUGAACCCGGGAACGGGGAAGCCGCCCUUGAGAAGCAAGAAACGCCGGCACCGCAGAACCGUGGUUUCGUCGCCGGCGACGGUUUCGGGUCACUCCAUGAGAGCGAGCUCAGCGUCCAGUGGGAGAGUUUGGAGAGUCUGGAAUGGCUGUCACAUUUCGUGGAGGACUCGUUGCCGGAUUAUUCGCUCGCCGGAAAAUUCCACACGCAGCCGGCUGACCCGCCGGCCGCGUCGGAGUGCUUGACGACUCAGGUUCAGACCAAGGCCCGAACGAAGAGGGCCCGAACUGGGGUUCGGGUCUGGCCUGUUCUCUCCCCCUCUUCUGCCGAGCCGGACGCCUCGUCGAGCUCCUCGGCAUUCUCCACCACCUCGUUUCCGCCGCCAAGCAAGAGGAAGACGAAGCCGGGCGGCGGAGCUGCGGCGGGGCAGAGGAGGUGCGUUCACUGCGGGGUCACCAAAACGCCGCAGUGGAGGGCCGGGCCGCUUGGCCCGAAGACUCUGUGCAACGCCUGCGGGGUGAGGUACAAGUCGGGCCGGCUGCUGCCGGAGUACAGGCCCGCCUGUAGCCCGAGUUUUUCGAGCGAGCAGCACUCGAACAACCACCGAAAGUGCUGGAGAUGCGGCGGAAGAAGGAGGUGGAGACGGAGGGGGCGGGCCUGCCGCCGCCGGUUCAGAGUUUUUGAAGGGUUGGACUAG